AUGUCCCCCAACACCGGUGUCCACGGAGCUGGUCAGUCCAACGUCGGCCACGCCCCUAUCUACGAAGCUGGCGACCAGCGCAACGAACCCCAGUCCGUCAUCAACGAGCGCGAGCGCUACAAGGAGGGCACCCAAGGCAGCCACAAGAACCUCGAUUCCAAGGACCAGCGCUCUAUUGCCAACAAGCUGGCCUCGCAGGAAGGCAAACCCAACCCUUCGCACCACCACAAUGACGACUUGAACCGCGAGGCAGAGCUUAGCAAAAGCGAUCCCACGAAGCCGGCUCAAUUACAUGGCAACAAGCCUUCCAAGGGCGCCCAGAUCGAUCGCGAAUUGCAGAUGGAAGAUGAGCAGCGUCUGCGCGAGAAAGGUAUCAAGAAAUAG